UAUGCCUUUUGUUCUUGGACUAUACUGUGUUCCAUUAUAUGACACCUUAGGUAUGGGCUUUUGUCUGUUAAUAACAGAGCAAUGAUCAAUGAUCGAAUCAGUAUACUUUAUGCAUGAUUAUGGCAUUAUAUUUGUUUGUUCCUGGAUUUUAGUAGUUAAUGCAGCCUCUGACUUCUGCCAUUUUCACAUUGAACUAGUUCUUGUAUCUUUUGGUGCUUGUAUCAGCUGCUCGUGCCAUCGAGUAUAUUUUAUGAGAAGGCUUUUGUAGCUGCUAACAAGGAAAGAAGGGAAACAAAAAACAACGGCAAUCCCUUCCUUUUAAUGGGUUAAAAAAAGGGCAAUAAGGUAAAUGUAGAUUUUUAUUUCUAAAUCCCAAACCAUUAAAUCCAUGCUCAAAAUGAGGAAACAAACAAAGGAUUUUUUCAAAUCCAUAAUGCCCCAAAUCCCAAAUAAAACCUUAGGUUUUUAAAUCCCACAUUUAAGUAAAAACCCUCAUUUUACAAUCCUUGAAGCAAACGACCCCUUUUUGUUUCUUCCUCAUUGUCUAUCACUUAUAAAAUCUAAUGGGUUGUUAUAACUAAAAGCCCAAAGCAAAAAAGAUAAGAAAAGAGUAUGAACUGGACUUUGAAGUUAAUAGAGACUAAAUGAAUUUAACUAUCUUUCUUCCUUGAUUUUACAGAACCAGACUAACAACAUUUACACUUCUUUUUGGUAACAUCAUUUACAUUUCAAACUUCCAUAAUUAGGUAAUUAUACAUAUGUAUUCAACAAUUAGAGUAUUAGUCGAUUGUAGGGAACUUCUUUGAGAUUUAACUUUAAAUGUUUAUCCGUAGAAUUUUUACUUUGUAGUUUUGAAGCAUUAUAAAGUCUUCAGUACAAAUAUAAUUAUAUAAUAAUGACGUUUUCUUCACGUUCUUAAUAUCGAAUUCUUCUGAAAAUGAAGCUCUUACACUCUCGCUCCCGCUCCCGCUCUCGCUCCCGCUCUCGCUCUGCGAAUUGAUUACCUAAGGCAUACCAGUAACUAAGCACACACGACCAAUAACAAAAUUGGUGACCCUUCCUAAUUGUGCCAUUUCUCUCUCAUCAAUCUUUAGCCUUCUGCUCCCACCCAAUCUCCUGCUUUCUCUUUCACCUCUUGUCGCUAAAAUCCAUUGCGAUCAAGCUACUACAUUGCCUUUCCUGUUCAAUCUUGCUCAUUGUAACCGUCUCAAGUACGAAGGCGGAAACACUGACCACCGCCAGCGUACGUGCUCAUUCAGGCUAACCACACAUCUGUGAGUCUGUGACACCUGCUUCUUCGCUUUAGACCGAAGCAGAAGUCAAGGUUCAUCGCUUUGACAUUCAACGGGGUCAGCCGAUCAAGCACCCCGAUCAUGGAAGUUGGUAGUGGGGUAGGGCAGCUGAGAAAAUUGUCAAGAUUUUGUCAGAUCCUGCUAGGGGUGAACAAAAAGACCCACAAACUGAUCUACCUGUCCAACUCGACCCAACCCACCGGUAUUUAUAGCUAAAAUUAAGGUUUAAGGUUGGAUGAGGGUUUUGUUUUGUACAACCCGUCUCUUUUGGGUUGGGUGGGGGUUUUGGUUACACAGCCGGUAGAAUCCGACCCAACCCGUGCUCCAACUAUUGGCAUAAGUAUUCGUAUCCAAAAUAUAUUUGGGUCGUAUAUAAGCAUAUUUGUGAGAAAAUUAAGAUAUAUUGUCAUAUAUUUCGCUCGUAAUCUCCUUCACCUAUUGUAUUCUUCGACUUAAAAUUAAUUUAGAUGUAGAUUUAAUUAGGCUUUGAUUCACGUAAUCAUUUUACUUACGUACAAUUUUAAAAGCUUAACAUAUUAUGGAUGUGUAAGCUUAUAAACUCUUUAGCUUAUUUCGACAAAUGUUUGUAAAAAAAAAACUAAACAUGAGAAGAAAUACAAGCAUCACCAACCAAGUGAGAGCAAACAACAUGGGAAGAAAUACAAACAUCACAACAACCAAAAACCACAUUCAACAAUGAGCUAUACGCCCUACAUCUAGCAAGCGAAAAUGAAAAGGCUUUCUCCUUUUUUCUUCUUUUGUUGGGUAUGCGCUAUUCGUUCUUAGCCAAAAAUUUGUUCUAUCCUUUCAUCUACAAAGAAAACUAACGGAACCCCAAGAACUCACAAAAAUUAAAAUCAUUCUCGAAAACUAAAAAUAUCCACAUCACCAAGAAAUUUCAUUCUGCAUUUAAGAAAUUUAAAAUAAAAAAGGGAGAGAUUGACUUGACAUGCCGACAGGCAUCGCCGUACCUCUUUGCCUAUCCGCAGCCAGACUGUCGCCGGACCCUCGCUGCCAACCGCCACCGUCAUCGUCCAUAUAGGCCGCCCCCGGUCGUUGCCCUGUGAAUGUGAGUCGUGGGAAGAGAAGAAGGAGCAAAGUCUGAGAAAAUGCAAGAGAGGAUUAAAAGGGCCGCAGGUUGAAUCUGUCUUGGACUAGAGGUAGGUUUUUUCGGGCUCUGGAUAGGGUGCAUAAGUCUUGGUUAUGCAUUCUUGCAUAACUAAAUCUAGACCUCCUUUUUUGAGCGAGUCCAGAAAAUUCAGAUCUUAGAGUGGAGAAUUAAAGACAUUUUAUUUUCUCUAAUUUUCUUAAUCGACUUUUAUCUUCUUCGUUCUAAUUGGAUUUCAAUUUUUUUGUACACAUGGAAUGAGUUCGUUGUUCUCUACAAAAUGAAAUUCAUUUUCAAUAUUUUUGAGAACGAAAUUUCAUACCUUUCGUUACCAACUCCAUACCAUAUGGUAUCUCCUUCGUUAUUAAGUCGUUUUUAAAGAUUUUUUACAGAAGGAACGAGUUAAUCAUGAUAUAUUAGAUCUAAAAUUUUUUGGUUGAAAAAACAAAACUCCGGACCAAAAAUUACUAUGGUAUGAGAUUGGUAUCUUGUGGUACACGAACAUACCAUAUGGUAUGGACUAGUAAAAAAUACCUCAAUUUUUUGUUUAAAAAAUAUAUCAAAUUGGAUAUCAUUUUGAAGAACACAAUUAAUCUGAUGACUAUCUGUGCAAAAGAAAAGACUUAAAACGAGAGAAAAAUCAUCUGUUUAAUAUUAGAGAGAAAAAUAUUAAAGACUUUCUAUAGGAGAGAGAGGGUUGUUGAUGUGGCGGAUUGGAUUUGGAUUAUGCGCAACAUAAGUUUACUGAUGUAGUAAACGAAUCUCUACUUGUUGUUAAUCCACAAUUUGACUAACUUUGUACUAAACUUAAUAUCUACUUCAUGACAUAUUACGAACUACACCUAAUUAUUCAUUAAUAUAUCCUUUCAGUACAUUAAAAUUAUCUUCAAUAAAAGCUAAAUUUUGAAAUUAGGAACAUAUGAGUUCCUCCUUUGAAUUGAAUUAAAACAAACAAUUGACAAUUCUUUUCCGAACAUGAAUGCUAUUCUAUUGCAAUUAAUCAAAGUUAUUUUAAGAUCGAGCUGCGUGGACUUUGAUCCCGAGAUGUCAAGUACGUAGGCGAUCGGAAAGUUCAAGUAUAUACAACUCCUUAAAUAUUAAUUUAUCAUUGAUUAUAUCGUUACAAAUGUGUGCUUGAUCAAUACUCAUCUAAUCUAUCUCAAACAAAUUGCAGUGGAUGGAUUUUUAUCAAAUUAAACAACUAUUACGUAUCGAUGGGUAGUGAGCAAAAAAAAUCAAACAAUUAAUGUUAGGAAACUACGAGAGAUUUGAUCCUGAGAUGUCGGGUAUGUAGGCGCCUUAAGAGUCCAAGUCCACUAAUAAAUAAAUAAAAUGCUCCUUAAUCACCCAAAGUAUUAAUUCAUUCUUCCAACGUAAUUACAUGUUGAUGAACAUAUAUAUUUCAAAAAUGACAUCUCAUAUUUAAAGUAAAUCCAAAUAAUUUCAGACAAAAAAUAUAAACUAGAAAGACAAAUCAAAUUUAUAGUACUAACUUAGGGUGAUCUAAGGGUGCUAAUACGUUUCUUAUAAUUUCAAUUGAAGUACCACUAGACCUAUCACUUGCUCGCACAUGACAAGAAUUAUCAAUUAGAGGAAACAAUACAAUAGUAUUAUUUGUAGUUGAACAUGUUAUGUUUUUCUUAUAUUGUGAUUAUCAAAGAAUAUUGUACUAAGUCUACUUGAGUAUGCAUUGUUAUAGUAUAAUUUACUUAUUUUUAUUUUUCAAGUAGAUCCUUAUUAUGUUUUAUGUAGAUCCUUAUUGACAAAUUUGCUCAUACAUAUCCACCAUAGACCUAAAUCGAAGUGAAGAAUGUUUAAUAAAGGCUAUUAGAUGAAAAUUGAGAAUCAUUAACUAACAAAUUAUUAUUGUGGUUGAAGGGGGUAGAUUAAGGUUAUCGGCUAAGCGAUAUUAGUCUUUGUUGAAUAUUUUUAGCUUGAAAUGGAUAUAGACAUAACAAAACCUAAUUAGACAACUAAGAUUAAUGGCUGAGAAUUCAAAGCAAGACUAGACACUAAGUGAUGUUUGGACUUUUUCUAGUGUUUUAAGCUUUUUUUUUUGCCAUAGAUUUAAGCAUCUUUUGUUGGGGAUUAAGUAAACUUUUUUAAGAAACUUUUUUCUAACACUUAUUGUAGUAAAGAAAGGUGUGAUGAGGAAGUUUGAUUUAUGUUUUUACGAACUCAAAAGUUGCAAUAUUAAGAAUCUUUCACCAAACAUCUAUUUAAAGAUUAAGAUUCCUGAUAAAAAAAUUCGUCAUAAUGCACUUCACAAGAGAUGGGUCAUCCUCAUCUAUAACCAGUGGUAUUGAGUCAUCCAAAGACUCCGCUUACUAUUCGAACCAAAGUGCCACCCAAGAAAAGUCUGGAACACACAGGGAAGCUGUUUUCAUUUCUGACGACAAAUUAAAAAGAAAGAUGACUGACCCUAUGUGAAAUUUUGAACCUACAAAAAGUACAUCCCAUUGGAUGCCUUGACCUUCCAGCUUUAGUCCCUAAGUAAUUACUCCAUUAUUUGUUUUCUUUUGACUGUUUCAUGGUUUCUGAACUAUUGAAACUUUCUUUUCCUCUCAAUGCUUUAAACAUAAGAACAUAACAGUAACUUAUCUUUUGUAUCCCAACUGAAAUUUCAUGAUUAUUGAUAAUCUAUUUCGCGGUUUAUUGUACACUCAAUUUGUAAAGUUCAUUGGACAAACUGAUUUGGGUGUACAUAAUAGUUCAGUUCUCACAAUCACCAAUCCAUAUAUUGCUAAAGACUAAGUUAGAUUAGGAAGGUCUUUUUCUCAGUUAGCAAAGUACUUUAUUAGUUUACUGUCUCUCCCUCCACAAGUAUGAAAUUGAUUUGACUUUCUGAUGAAGGUUUCCCUCAUGUUUAUUAUAAAAAAUUGUACCACUCAACAACAAUUUUUAUUGUUCGUGUCUAUCAUAACUUCCAAACAAUUCAUAUAAAACAAACUUAUUUGGGGUUUUGGACUUUUGGCCUAUGCAAAAAAGCAAAUAAUGAAGGGAAAAGCCCUUUCGUUUCAGAUUAAGUGGCAUGCUUUAAUAUUGUUAAAGAAAACAUAAAGAUAAGAUAAAUGUGACAGGGCAUAUCCGUCAUUAGCCAAAGAGAAUGUAACAAACUUUCUUAACUCUUUAAGCAGACCUCUCUUAGUCUCUCUCAUCUUAGUCGUUUCAUCGUCGCAGCGUUUCAGUGCUCCCCUCCGGUUGCUGUUGGUUCUCCCCUGUCAUCGCUAUCACCAACCGCUUAAUGGAAUGGCGCAUUUUGCUUGCAACCAGUGCACAAGGCAAUUCGAGUACGCGAGUGGGAUUAAGGAUCACCAGAAACACAAACAUGCUGACUGACCGUUCGUCUACGUCCAUGGUCGUGGCCAAGGCCGGUGCUACUUCAUCUUCGAGACAGACACAGAAGCAAAGGUACACCACUUCGAUGCUCACCUCCCUCUUCAGGCUCCAGCCCAACCUCCUCCGGAGGUCGCCAAAGGCGAGGACAAUGACGACCAACAGGAGGCUAAUGAAGAAGAAGCUGAAGCCGACGGGAACGCCAACUACGAAGAAGCUGAAGGCAACGAGAAUGCCGCCGACGAAGAAGAAGCGGGAGAUGAUGAAGACCUGCACUAAUUACCCAUCAUCUCUAAGGCUAACGCCGAUCAUCGACCCACAGAAUAGAUUUUCAUGUUUUGCAGGAUUCUUGGAAAAUGAUAGGAGAGGGUGGCCCCUGUGAUGUACACUUUGACGCUCAAGUUAGUAUGAUGUAGAGGAAGAUGUAUGUAAAGUAGAUGUAGAGAGAGAAAGGGUUUAAAGAGAGAACCUUAGUAGUGAAUGUGGGAAGGGGGGAGAGAGGUCCCUUGCUUGGAGAGCUUGAACCUCUAUAUAUAGGAGUCUGGCACUUCCUUUGUCUGACGCAUUGGGUCUUUCUUGAGGCUAACGUGGGGUGCCUUAGAGGCUGAGGUAUCUGAGUGAGCUGGAGGUCUUAGGAGAGGUGUCUUAAUUAAAACAAAAUUGCAUAUACAGUUAUUUGAUUCCAUUCAACCUGAUCGGUUAUUUUUCAUCAAAUUAAAGUAAAAACGUGUGCUUAGAUGAAUGUUUUCUAUAUAACAAAGAUCUUCCACCAAUGUGCUUCACCGAUAUGUCAAACUAUUGAGUGAAUCAAUCAAAUUGAUUGAAUAGGAAGAGAAAGCUUUAAUAAAGAAAAUGAGAGAUCAAAACGUUAAUGUGAUCAGUGAACGUUCUUAGUAAUCAUUGACAUAGUUGUCUGUUUAUCUUAAUCGUUACUAAUUGACUACGAGUUUGUAGAAUAUUCAUGAGUUCGGAGUUUGUCAUCUUCGAUGAAUUUUCCUUGUAAGAAAAUAUGAAAACUUAUGUUUAUUCAUUGCUAUUUUCCUCGUGAUCACUUAGUCCAUAUUAAAACAAAAUUGAAUAUACAGUUAUUUGAUUCCAUUUAACCUGAUCGGUUAUUUUUCAUCAAAUUAAAGUAAAAACGUGUGCUUAUAUGAACGUUUUCUAUAUAACAUAGAUCUUCCACCAAUGUGCUUCACCCAUAUGUCAAUCUAUUGAGUGAAUCAAUCAAAUUGAUUUAAUUGGAAGAGAAAGCUUUAAUAAAGAAAAUGAGAGAUCAAAACUUUAAUGUGAUCAGUGAACGCUACUUUCUUAGUAAUCAUUGACAUAGUUGUCUGUUUAUCUUAAUCGUUACUAAUUGACUACGAGUUUGUAGAAUAUUCAUGAGUUCGGAGUUUGUCAUCUUUUAUGAAUUUUCCUUGUAAGAAAAUACGAAAACUUAUGUUUAUUCAUUGCUAUUUCCCUCGUGAUCACUUAGUCCAUAUUAAAACAAAAUUGCAUAUACAUUUAUUUGAUUCCAUUCAACCUGGUCGGUUAUUUUCCAUCAAAAUUAAAGUAAAAACGUGUGUUUAGAUGAAUGUUUUCUAUAUAAAAAAGAUCUUCCACCAAUGUGCUUCACCCAUAUGUCAAACUAUUGAGUGAAUCAAUCAAAUUGAUUGAAUUGGAAGUGAAAGCUUUAACAAAGAAAAUGAGAGAUCAAAACGUUAAUGAUCAGUGACUCAGCUAAUUAAUCUAUUUAUACAACUCAACUAAUUGGACAGGCUUAACUCCUAAUCUUAUCUAACAAAUUGGAUUGAAGAAAUACCUAGCUAUCUUAUCUAACCGAAAAACUAUACUGUUUCUUCCAACACCAUAUAUGAAUACAUAAAUACUAAGCAUAUGCAUAAACAUCGAGACACAAACACUAAUUCUUCUCCGUUUAUGCUAGUAUACUAACCAAUAGUAGAUAUGGUUCGCGACAACACUAGCAGUAAGAACUAUUAACGAUCAUGGUUAUAUAUGAUGAUUCAAAGGAUUUUCUGACUUGUAAACAACAGAUCAUAAGGUGAGACUAUAUGGUCGAGUGCUGAAUUAUGUUGAAAGAACCGAAGAGAUGGGUCGUUUUCUUUUGGUUGUAAGGCAAAUUUUGCACUAGAGGGACAGAUGAAGAUGUUGUGACCAGGAAAUGAAAAGCAGAAGACAAGAAGGAAAUGGUAAUAGAUGAAGGGAUAAUAUAAAUAUAUAUAAAUCUUUAGUGAGGGAGACACAAGAUUGAACACGACAGAACAACAUAACUAAGAAAGCAUCCUUUAGUCU